AUGUUUCAGCCUCUGUCAGACUCACAGGCCGCACCUGUGUGGCUGCUGGCGAAUGCGCAAGACACGUGCGACGACCUAUGCAAGUUCAACGGGUAUGGCGGAUGUGGUGCAGGUGAAAUCGCCCUCAUCAACUCGACAGAAGCUGUUGCGGCCCUCCUCCUGGAGGAAUUCAACAUCACGUGCAAUACAAACCCGAAUCGAAACGAAGACUUUGGUAUCUUCUACGCAGACAACGAUGAUUGCUGGUUUUUAGAUGGGACCGUGGACUGCAGUCAGGGAUUGUCAAAUGUCGGAAGGCGCCCGGCUAGAUGGGCUUUUGGUGAAGACCAAGACUCCUGCAACGACUUCUGUCGCUUCACCGGGUUCGAUGGGUGCAAUGCGUCUAUGAUUCAAGAAAUCAAUACAUACCCGAGAGCCGUCCGCUUGAUUGAGGGCUUGGGCAUGAAUCUGACUUGCGAUGCCGCCAUUCGGCAAAAGGAUACUGGCGUCUUCAUCAACCCGAGUAACAUCGAUCCAUCCUUUGCGCAGUGCUUCAGUGUCAAAGACAUCGUCGAUUGCGAUGUUGGAUUAUCGAGCCUUAAACCUUUGUGCUUCUGCAGCUCAACCACAGUAACGACAACUGUUUCUGCCAAUUGGCGGCUUGGAUCUGUGGGUCAGACUUGCGAUGACGUCUGCACAAACGGUUGCAAUGUGUCGGAAAUGGAGCAGAUCUUCCGGAUGCCAAGCUGCCCGCGAGUUCGGUCGAUUUCUUCCUCGCAGGUGGAUGAUCUGCGCACGAAGCAAGUGGCAUCAACGACUGCGUACCUUCAGGAGCUGGGAACUCUGAGGAGUCAUUUGCGGCAAGUCGCUGCCGCAGAAUCGCAUUUUCGCGCCGUGGCUGCUGAAACUUCAGCACCAACGCCUUCGCAGUCCAAGAGAGGUUCCAAAAUCGAUCCAUCGUCGCAGAAUAGUCAGCGGAGGCCGUCGGUGCUGAAGAAGCCCAGCAAAAACAAUGUUCCAACAGACCGAAGGGCUUCCUUCAGUGAGACGAAGGAAGAAAUCGCGAUACCCCAGAAGUUGGGUCGGCAACCUUCCGACGAUGAGCCUCCGAAGAGCUCACUGUCUGGCUCAGCAUCUGGAGGGCCACAUGGCCGCAAGGGCCGCAAGUUUUCGACAAUGACCGGCGCGGCCACAGCAGCCAUGGCUUUCGCCAGGGUUCAGGGAUUUGGGUCGAACGCCCCGUCCGAACAUGAUGUUGCUGAGGUCGGAAUCGAGUUUGCCGAGGUGCACCACUACAUGUGGGACGCUGCAGAGUUCUUGGAUCAGGCAACGCAAGUCUUGGUCUGCAAGGUGAUCACAGAAAAACUACGGUGCUUCAAGACGCAGAAGGAGGCGACAACAAUAGCCGAACUGGCCCACCUAUGCAGACGCAUGGAGUCGUACCUGAAGGGCACUGCCUUAGAAGAUCAUGAGAAGGAGCUCAAGGAGGUGAGGAUGAAGCUCUAUGCACGAGAGGAGGAGGCCUCCAGCCUCGUUGAGCGCCUGCAGGUUGAAACAGCGCAGUACGAACAGAAAGAGCGCAGCUAUAUUGGAAAGCUGCAGCAGCAGGAACGGCUGCGAGACAGCCUUCAGCGAGAGCUUGUCGACACGCAGGCCCAGCUGGCUGCGAUGACCGCAAAAAGCCAGGAGCUAGCAAAUGAGCUGACCGGCUACAAGGAUUCAGAGGCCUCGAUGAAGAAGCAGAGCGCCGCUUUCGCCAAGUCGAGGGGUCGCAUCUUGAACGUUCAGAAGAGCUCGGAGGAGGGCAGUGAAAGCGCCCUGGAGGACUUCUUUGCCCGGAUGCUUCCAGACUUGGUGCAGCACUUGACCAAGGAGAUCAAGGAUCAAUCCCUGAAGAACCAGUUCACGCCAAUUGUGAAGUCGCUUCACCAGAUCUGGAAGUCGUCUCGAGCGAAAAGCCAGAAGACGGCAGCAGCACUGGAGGAUGCCGAGCGCGAAGCGGCCGAGAGUUCCAAGAAAUUGGAAGAGUUGGAAGGAGCCAGACAAAAAGAGAAGGAUGCUGCGGAUGCGAAGGUCCAAUCCAUGAAGGACCGGGCCGAACGUGCCGAGAAGAACAUCGUCGAACUCCAGUCGAACUUCAUGGACAACUUGCGGCAGGCUCCGGCAUACGCGAGCCUCCGGGAAGACUACGAGAUUUGCCGAUGUGAGUUGGAGCAGACUAUCAAGCAGCUCCGUGCAGUGCAGGAGGAGUACGAGGAGAAGUUCGCCGAGCACGAGGCCGGCUGGGCGAAGCGGGCAGAGGAUCACCACGCGCUAGUGCAGAAGUUGCAGAACGACCUGCGGGAGGUUGUUGAGAGCCAGCUCCACCCGGCCCAGGUGGCACAGCUGCGUGCUGAUCUCAAGCGAGCGCAGCACGAAAGCCAGGCACUCACCAACACGAACAGUAUGCUGAAGGAUUCCUUGGCGGCGUUGCAGAAGAAGCAGCGUCAGCGCGUGGUGGUUGGGCCGAUGGUGUUCACAUCAGACUUUGACAGCGGCAACAUGGGCCAUGUGGAACUGCUGGAAGACGCGACGUUUGUUUCGCCCAACUGUCAGCCGACAGCAUCGCAGCUGGAGUACGUGAUAGAUAUUGCGCCUGACUGCGCAGGCACCGACCACGAGAAUGGAUACAAAACGUGGUUUUAUUUCGGCAUCUCCGUGGCAGAGCCUGUCGAGCUAGCUGCAGCUCCGCGCCUCCCUUCGGAGGCUUCCCAAAGGCUUUCGCCGGAGGCCCGAAGUCGGGACCUGACGCCCUCCAGCGAUUCAGCUGCAGGCGAAGAUCCCACCGAGAUCCAGGAGAUGGAUGGAGCCUUCCAGUCCGAGGCAAGCAAAGCUCAGGAGAGAGCAACGACACUUCCACAGGUCGCGGAAGGCGAGAUCUCGAUGUUCCUGAAUGUACGGAACAUGAACAACCAGAGCAAGCUCUACAACGAGGGCUACCGGCCGUGGUGCAAAGCUCCCGGUGGCACGUGGAAGCGACUACAGGAUUCAUCGCUGCUGGCCUUUUCCCAUGCCAAGCAGGCAGACGGAUUCUCCAUCCGCUGGCACCACCACUCUCGCCGUGGUGCGGGCACCACGUACUAUGCCUUCUGUGCGCCGUACAGCUAUCUCGACUGCCAGGGGCUCUUGGAGGAGCUGGAGGAGAGCUUUUCGGAGACCUUCACGGAUCCGCACCGGCCCCUUCGGAACAUCUCGCGAUCUCUUGCAGAGACCUACCAGCCCCGGGCAGGCUCUGGAAUCUAUUUGCGGCGGCAGCUGCUGCACAGAUCUCUGCAGGGUCGGCGAGUGGACCUCCUCACCGUAACGGCCUUGCCGGGGCCUGGGAUGGACGAGGUCGACAUGCCUCCCCCGGACCUUCCGUGCCCUCAGAGCGACUUGCCCUUGAAGUUCCCGGACCGACCAAUCGUCUUCCUGUCUGCUCGCGUCCACCCUGGUGAGACCCCAGGGCAGUUUGUCUUCCUCGGGGCUCUGCGCUUUCUCCUUUCGGACGACCCGCGGGCUGCAAAGCUGCGGGACCGUUUUGUGUUCAAAUUGGUCCCGAUUCUGAAUCCGGACGGAGUUGCAUGUGGCCACUACAGAACGAACAGUCUGGGCCUCAAUUUAAACCGUCACUAUGACAAGCCCACUCCGAAGGAGCACGAGGGCAUUUGGGCCACAAAGCGCAUCCUGAGCCACUGGGCCAGGCAGAACCGCUUACUAGUCUACCUGGACUUGCAUGGUCACGCCUCUAAGCGGGGAUGCUUCCUGCUGGCCAACCGUCUCGUGGGCCCUGGGCAGGGAUGGAAUGCUGGCUUCGCCCGGCUCUGUCAGAUCAACUCACCCUACUUCGAUCUGGAACUCUGCGACUUCGGCGAGGCGGACGACGCAGAGAAGGAAGGGAAGGAUGGCAUGUCCAAGGAGGGCUCGGGACGAGUGGCGGUCUACCGAGAUUGCAAGGUUUGCAACGCUUAUACCCUGGAAUGUAAUUACAACACUGGCCGAUUUACCAAGCCGAUGUUGCCUCUCACGGGUGCUAGGUGGUUAGAAGAGUCUCCCAGCUGCAGCGCGACCACCGAGGAGCCGGUGCCUUUCACACAGAGCUCAUGGGGUCAGGUUGGUGAGGCAGUUUGCAUCAGCAUCUUGGACUUGUACGGCCACAAUUGCCACAGCCGGGUCCCGAGCACUCGACAGGCCAGUUUACGAACCUUGCUGGGUCAGACCAUCCGACCGCGGACAGGCAGGACCACCAGGCUGAAGGACAUCCUCCCCAACGGCGUGGGCUUAAGCCUCGAGGACGUUGCAGCGCGUGAGCGGCCGUGCCGUGGAGCUUGCGGCUGGCAUGGGGUUCCGGGGCCACAGGAUGCCAAGGACCCUAAGGAGAGGAGCCGUGUGCCCAAGGAGCCGAGGCCCGUGUCUAAAGGAGGCCGGAAGGAAAGCGAGCCAAGGCCAUCCUCAAAGUCUUCCGUUCGGGCGCCGCCACAGACAGAGCUUCCAGAUCGACUCGCACCCCGAUCGGAGCGUAGGAAGGCCUCGAAGGAUCGGCCGGACUUGGCUUCUGAGCCCAAGAAUGCUUCGACAAAAACCGAAGGCCCGCUUCCAGACCGAUUGGAGCGCAGGAAAGCCUCGAAGGAUCGACCGGGUGCCAUGGUGACGUCCGAGCCAAAGUGUUCCGCUCCGACGCCGAACAUGGCGAGCCCCGAAACGCAGAGGUCUCGUUCCCUGGACCUACGGCGGCAGCUCGCUGUGCACAAGGUGGAGCGUCUGCCCUUAGCGCUUUUGCGUUCCGAAACUCCUGAUGCCGAUGCGAAGAGCAAAGAGGGGAGGCCUGGGAAUCAAGUGAAGGAGGGCAGGGCAAUACCACGGAAUGCCAUGCAACUUGUCCGACCUCAGCGCAAGCGAACGAAUUCCUUGGAUGCCAGUCGUAUACCUAAGGCAGACUUUGGCGCCAAAGUGCGCCCGCAGCUGCUUCUUGAGAUCUCCAGUCGAACAGGAGCAGCUGUGACUGUAGGAGCUUGCUGA